ACAUUUCAUAAUUUUGUAAUGCACUAGGAGAUGUCAAUGUUGACCAGGAAGGGAACGAUGGUUCGUAAGAAUCGAGGAUCUAUAAAACGACAAUCAUUGCGGAAACAUGGAAGUGGAUCCAUAACAAGGAAACAACAAAAGCAAACAUCGGAAAUGCCCGAAUCUCCGCGUGUAAUUGCUGUAAAAAAACAAGAAUUUCAAUAUCCUCAGUCGUCGCCGACAAGGAGUGUUGCAAGCACUAUUGUUUCAUUUGACGAUGAAAAACAAUUGUGUAAGACAUCAAUUGAUUGGCGAAAAAACAAAAAUAAUGACCAAGAGCCUCAAUAUGAAGCGAUUAUGAUACAAAUCCAGGAGGCAAACAAAGAGGCAGAAAAUACGUGUGAUUUCAUUUGUAGAAGCAGUAAAAUAAUGUGUCAUACAGUGUUUGUAACAGUAAUUGUUGGUUUGUCUAUGACCAUACCGAUAGCCAUGAUGUCAGUAGGUGUCAAAUAUUUAAAUGAUUGUCCAAAAAAGAAGAAAGUCCCAGUCUACUUAUUAGUUGGUGGUUGCUUUGGAAUGUUAAAGGUGCUUGGAACAAUAUGGCGGAACAUACGAUACCGUCGCUAUGACGACAUGGAUAGCUUCUAUGACGCUCAUGGAGGAGAUGGUGCAUUUGCAGCAAAAACAUAUCACAUGAUGGAUAUGAUUAUAUCUACUUUCUUAUUAGCAUGGCUUAUAGCUGGUACAUAUUGGGUAUUUGAAAUAUGGCAGCCACAUUAUAAACAGUUGUUACAUGAACCAAGCAAUUGGUGUGAUAAGCACGUGUACAUGUUUGCUGUAUAUCAGAUAAUUGGUUGUUAUGCUUUUUUAGCUUUUCUAUUAAUAACAAUGUGUGUAUUGGCUUCUUGUUAUAAAUUUACAAAUAUUUUUGACCAUUCGUGAUAUAAGCGUAUUCAUUUGUCCACAUUUUUACUAUAUCUAUAUAAUUACAUUAUGUUAUAUAUCAUUUUGUCUUUACGAUUUAGCAAAUAAUUAUUUUGAAUACUUUCUCUACAUUGAAACUUUUCUGGCGAAAACAUGCAUUUGAAGAUACAAAUCGAAGGACUUAACUGAGGAAUACUGUUGUUAUGCAGAUACAGACUAUCUCUUUCAAAUACAGACACUUCGAGUACACCAUUUCAUGUCUAACAGAAAUCGAAUGCGGAAUUGAUAUCUUUAAGGUGGAAUUUCAUAAUUGCAUUAACCAUUUUUAUAGCUACCUUUAAGCUUCCAAUUCAAUCUAGCGAGAGUCUAUGUUUGGUUUUUUACAUGAGCUAUAUCGUAAAUAAUUAAUAAUCAUAUUGUGUGAAGUUGCAAGAUAGAAAAACUUCGUUCUCUAGGAUCUUGAACAGGUCUGUCGAUUGGAACUGUGUAGGCAAUUUACGAGUCCUUUGAACUGAAAUUUACUUGUAGAUAUGUCAAGUUAAUGUCAGUAAAAAAUAUUACAAAUCGUGUUUGUAUUGCUUUCAAACAAAUUGAAUAUGUUUAAGUGUUAUUUGUUCAAUGGUAUGCUUGUAUAUAUGAACGGAACCUGUUAUGUUUUGUACAACGAUUAUAUAUAUAUGUGUGAUAAAUCUUUUACUAGAUAUUUAAGGGUGUUAUCUUGAAAAAUUUGCUCUCUCUGCUUCAUAGCCCGUACUAUCUUAUGUAACAUCGGGAUAAAACAAACCGUAAUCAAACAAUUGGACUUUAAUACAUGUUCUUACUGUUAAUUCUUGUCGUAUAUCAUAUAUGUCAUAAGCAUACAUUGUACUGAUAAUUAAUAUUAUAAACGUUUAAUCCAAGCAAGCAAGUUGUCUUUUUUAUAACUUUAGACAUUAAUCCAUUUAAUACAAAUCAGUGUACCAAAAUGAAAUGCACACCUU